AUGUCUGACUUCGCUCAGCUCGCGGCCAAGGCCAAGGAGGAUGGAGUGGCCGCCGCCGCCGCGCCUGUCGACACCACGACCGAGACGGCCGCGCCCGCCUCCGCAGCAGUAGACGAGGGAGCAGGGGCAGCGGCCGAGGAGGAGAGCACUGCGCAGUUCGAGCCCGUGGUUCAGCUCGAGGAGGUGGAGGUGAAGACACACGAAGAGGACGAAGAAGUUCUGUGGAAGAUGCGCGCUAAGCUGUUCAUUUUCGGCGAGACAUUGCUUAACAAGGGGACUGGGCAGAAGGAGUGGGUGGAGAGAGGCAUCGGCGAGGUCAAGUUCCUUCACGGAUCGUCCAUUCGGUAG